GCGGUUGCAGCGCCGCGCCCGGCGAGGUCAUGGUUCAAGCUGGUUUUCAAGCCUGUUCAAGCCAUAGCCAUAGCCCUAGUCAUCCUAGCUAGAAGCUCUUGUGGUUUGAUUCGUCUUCGUUGCUUCUGUUCCAUUUAAUCGAGAUACGGCCUGUAUAAUUGCCCGUACACGUGUAUUGCACUAGCGUGUAUUUCAUUGAGGAGGCCUGCAGUGAUGCCGUGUGGAGUUCGAGGCUGCGCAAAUGACAAAACCAAAAGGACGCGCGGCUUUCGCAUGCAUCAGGUUCCGGCAAAUGAGCCAGCAAGAAGUAGGUGGCUUGCCUUGAUUCAGCGUGAGGAUGUUCAACCUGGCACUGAAGUGCGAAUAUGCAGCCUACAUUUCAAUGUGACUGAUUAUGAAUCACCUCCGAGCGUCGUGAAAUCCGUCGGCGCCGACUUCCGAAUCUAUCUGAAGAGAGGCGUUGCUCCGUCGUUAAAUUUACCUGGCGCGAGCGAGCAAUGCAAACGUCAAAAAAUGAGCACCUGCACUGCAACACGACCUGCUGAACAGGAUGACAGAACGAACAUGGCUGAACCGAUUCCUGACAACGUUGGAUGUGCCAGAAGUAAAACUACUCCUGACCUUUUAGAAAGGGUGUCACCCGAUCAGUUGAGCUCGGAUAAUUCAGCAACUGAGGUAGUUGUACCAGGAGAAAAGACGGAUCUUGCUUCAAUCAGCACAGAAUGCAUUAGGAGGGAAAGUAGUGUAAUGGCAGCGACACUUGACAACAACUACCGCUGCACAGGUCAAGCUGAUGCCAUCCCACAUGACCGUCAGGUACCACAGAAAUCUGUUCACACACAAACGUGGAAGCCCGUGACCAAACCCAUUCACAUCCAGACCAGCAGACCAAAGCGGCAUACGAAAGGCUCCCAAGCCAGUCUUUCAUCCGCAAAGCCGAUGAGGAGCAUUGGGAUACAAGCGGACGCCUCGACCAAUUCGCUUCACAAACGACGGCGCGCAACGUAGCUCUUCCCAGUCCACUGCUCUACACCGCUUGGUGACUGCACUUUGACUACAAUGGACCUCUGGAGAGACCUCAGUGACAACAGCAUGUCCUGGUGACACCCUCUUCGUGCCGACCCUUACGGCGUGUCACGGUUGGUCUGCCCUGACAUGUGAGACAUCGUCCGUCUGCAUUCUUAGGAAUAUCCACAAUUAAGUCGAUCCUUGCCAGGAUAAAUAUGUUGUCUUCGAGAGCAAGCUGAGGAAAUUAUGCCAGACCUGCACUGUGUGCUUGCAGCAGUGUAAUGCAACGUUUACUUCGAAAGGAACGCAGCUGCACUGAUGGUCACAAUUAUGUGUGGGAGAGUCAGCCCUUCCAUUGGAAAUAAGCCGGCAGGAAAUUUGCUUCUGUCUUCUGCCAUCUUCUUCAGUGGGUUAAAUCAGGUUUCAACACUAAGGAUGCUGGCCAGAGCAAAUGAAUGUGAAGGUCUUCUCUGCACGUAGUACAUACGAAGAAGGGGCUACCUGUUGCCAGCAAUUGAACGAGUUUGGACAACGCUCCAGGCAGAAGUGAUUACAGAAGUCCAGGGAGAGGAGUCUUCUCUUGCAGGAGACGGACGCUGGGACUCCGCUGGUCACGUUUCCAAGUAUUUAACGUACAGCUUCUACCACAAAGGUUUGAAAAAGAUCAUCCAUACUGUUCAAGUGCAGGCGAACGAAGUGGCAUCGAGCAGCCAUAUGGAGAAAGAAGCAGGACGCCGAGGACUUGAACAACUCUGGGACCUGAACAUUUUGCGGGACUACACAUCUUGAUGUCAAGCCUCAGUUUGACGUGUGGCAUGGUCCAAAGGUAUCAGGAAGAAAGUGCUGGCUGUCAGCAAGGAGAAGAACAGUGAGGCUCUUGAACUGUAACGCCAACGUGACGAAGCUUUUGCAUCUGGGUUUGAGAGUACGUCCGAGACGGGGUUGAGACAGCACUUCCUAGAAACGAAGCCCGGUCGCUUAAACGACACGAUGUAGUCGUUAUAAAGGGACGGUCUCAUCCGUUCCAGUCGAUUUUAAAACUACAGUGUCAUUUUAUUCCUGAUGUGCCACUGACCACGUUAUCGAAAAUCGCACGCAAAAGGGUUUGACUGUUAUUUGACGGAACACAUGACAAGAGCAGACGACGGAUGUUGAGAGUAUGCCGGAAUUCUCUCUGGAAAAACGAGAAAACGUCACUCCCUAAGAACCAAUGAGGGUGCGACCUUGAGAAAAGGAAUGUCGCGGACGUCUGGUCAGCGCCACGCUCUCACUCCGUGGGAGUGAAGGGAGCGAUCCUCCGCUUAGGGAGUGAUGUCAAGUCGCUGGAGCUUCUUCAGCAGCAGCGCUGAUCUUUAAAAUUCGUUUAUUUAAUAUCUAAGCACGUUUCGGACGAAACAAUUAGCCAUAGGCAGAUUGUCGGCCUACGUCGAACAUGGUGGUAUCGGUUUCAUAAAUGGGGUUCCGGAUGUGACUGUCCCUUUAAAACAUUCUGCAGAAGCUUGUCUUGUGGAGUGUAAUAUCGAAAUUCUGAGUCCAGCAAGGCUCUCUGGGCGUAAUCCAGACCACAAUCCAAGGUCACAUCCUCCAGUGGACGUUCCACGGUGAAAUAAAAAGGUCAGAGGCUCGUAUCAUCACGCUA